AUGGCUCCCGUUGCUAUCGACCCUCGCAUUGUAGACGUUGCAGUGCCCAGAAAAGACACUCUUGGUCUUCCUGAAUCUGCACGAGCUCGCCUUGAAAAGGCAGGAAUUGACCUGAGCGAAGGUUAUCCCUAUAGACCGUCGCGCCCCCUUUAUCUUGACGAUGUCUACAAGAUCAGAAACGAGGAUCGCCCCCAUAUAGAUCCUGGAACUCGUGCCGAUCCCGAAAAGAAAGCGCUUCUCUCUGCGGCAAAGGAAGUGAUUCAUCUUACAAGACAUAUUGGAACCGAGAUUGUCGGUCUUCAACUCAAGGACCUGACAGAUCAGCAGAAGGAUGAGCUUGGUCUACUCAUCGCCGAGCGCAGCGUCGUCUUCUUCCGGGACCAGGAUAUUUCUCCGCAACAACAGAAGUCCCUUGGGGAGUAUUUCGGCGAGAUCGAGGUUCAUCCACAAGUACCUCAAGUUCCGGGUGUUCCUGGAGUAAGUGUGAUUUGGCCUGCCCUUCAAGCAACCGAAAACCCAGCCAGCUUUCGCCGACCAGGAGGGGCAUCUCGAUGGCAUACCGACCUCGUUCAUGAGAGGCAGCCUGCCGGAGUGACACAUCUUCAUAAUGAUACUGUCCCGACCAUUGGAGGAGAUACUCUGUGGGCUAGCGGAUAUGCUGCAUAUGAGAAGCUCUCGCCCGCUUUCCGCAAGAUUAUCGAUGGCCAGACUGCCAUCUACCGCUCUGCUCAUCCUUAUCUCGACCGUGAGAAUCCUGAAGCCGGGCCACAGUAUGUUGAGCGCGAACAUCCUCUUGUACGUGUACACCCAGCCACAGGAUGGAAGGCGCUCUGGGUGAACCGAGCUAUGACAAGCCGGAUUGUCGGUCUCGAUAAGGCAGAGAGCGACCUGAUCCUGGGAUACUUGUACGAUGUCUAUGAGAAGAAUCCCGACAUUCAAGUGCGUUUCAAAUGGAGCCCACGAACCAGUGCCCUGUGGGAUAACCGAAUCACGAUUCAUAACGCCAGUUGGGAUUAUGAAGGAUCGCAGCCUAGACAUGGAACCCGGGUAACCUCUUUGGCAGAGAAGCCGGUCUUUGACGCGAAGGCGCCGACUCGACGAGAGGCAUUGGGGUUGCUGGGGCCUGAAGAAAUUGAGGAGCUUCAGAAGUUUAGCCAGCUUGAAAUAAGAUGA